CAUUCAGCCACGGGAGAAUCGCACUUUGCGGACCUCCAGGGAAUCUCUGAAGAUGGAAUUGUUAGCAGACGUGUGUCUGCUGCCAGGAGAGGACAGAAUUAUAGAUAAAGACAUCAUCUACAUCUGUCCAUUCAGUGGUGCUGUGAAAGGCAAAGUGUUGAUCACCAACUAUAGACUCUACUUCAAGAGCUCAGAUAAUGAUGUGGCAGUGACGCUGGACAUUCCUUUGGGUGCCAUUAGUCGGGUCGAGAAGAUGGGUGGAGCUUCAAGCAGAGGUGAAAACUCCUACGGCCUGGAUAUCACCUGCAAGGACAUGAGAAAUUUGAGGUUUGCUUUGAAGCAGGAGGGCCACAGCAGACGAGAUAUCUUUGAGCUCCUCUUCAGACAUGCUUUCCCCCUCUCACAUGGUCUGCCCUUCUUUGCAUAUGUGACUCAAGAGAAGUACGAGGAGAAUGGUUGGAAUGUCUACAAACCCAUAGAGGAGUUCAGACGCCAGGGGUUACCUAAUAACAAGUGGCGUAUUACAUUCAUCAAUAAGAACUAUGAGCUGUGUGACACCUACCCCACUGUAUUGACUGUACCCUUUAAAAGUAAAGAGGAGGACCUCAGAAGAGUGGCUGCCUUCAGGUCAAGAGGACGGAUACCGGUUCUAUCAUGGAUCCACAGAGAGAACCGGGCAGUGAUUGUCCGCUGCAGUCAGCCUCUGGUUGGCAUGUCUGGCAAAAGGAACAAGGAUGACGAGCGCUACCUGGACCUGAUCAGGGAGGCAAACGACACUACCAAGCUCACCAUAUAUGACGCCAGGCCCAACGUCAACGCAGUGGCCAACAAGGCCACUGGAGGAGGCUACGAGGGUGAUGAGUACCAAAACACAGAACUCAUCUUCUUGGACAUCCAGAAUAUCCACGUCAUGAGAGAAUCCCUGAAGAAACUCAAAGACAUCGUCUACCCCAAUGUGGAGGAAUCACACUGGCUGUCCAGUCUAGAGUCUACACACUGGCUAGAACAUGUUAAGCUGGUGUUGUCAGGAGCCAUCCAAGUAGCAGACAAGGUUUCCAGCGGAAACUCAGUGGUGGUUCACUGUAGUGAUGGCUGGGACCGAACUGCUCAGCUCACAUCUCUGGCCAUGCUGAUGCUGGACAGUCACUACCGCACACUCAGAGGAUUCCAGGUGCUGAUUGAGAAGGAAUGGAUCAGCUUUGGGCACAAAUUUGCCUCAAGGAUAGGUCAUGGUGACAAGAACCAUGCAGAUCAGGACAGAUCACCCAUCUUUGUUCAGUUCAUUGACUGUGUAUGGCAGAUGACUAAGCAGUUUCCUACAGCCUUUGAGUUUAAUGAGCGCCUCCUGCUUACAAUCCUGGAUCAUCUCUACAGCUGUCGCUUUGGGACUUUCCUCUACAACUGUGAGAGUGCACGAGACCAGCAUGACGUGAGGUCAAAGACAGUGUCUAUGUGGUCUCUGGUCAACAGUAAGAUGGACAUUUAUUUAAACCCCUUCUACACCCCUGAGUCUGGCAGGGUCCUCUACCCUGUUGCCAGCAUGCGUCACCUAGAGCUGUGGGUAACAUACUACAUCCGCUGGAACCCACGCAUACGACAACAGCAGCAGAGUCCUGUGGAGCAGCGCUACAAGGAGCUGUUGGCCCUAAGAGACGAGUACUUGAAGAAGCUGGAGGAGUUGCAGCUGUCUGACUCCACUCCUUCCACUCAUCUGGCUAACAGCCCUAUCCCCAUCCCCAGCACAGCCCCCACCCCCUCCACACCAUCACAGCAAUACACACACCUACACACUCCCUUCUGAGACACAUACACUCAAACACACACACACGCACAUGUUGAUCAAAGUCACUUUUGGGGACAGUAAACAGACUUGCUUCCAUUUCCCAGAGACUUACCAUAUACAUGACCACUACUUGUCUAAUCCUAACCCUAAAUUUAGCUUAACCUUAACAGAUGACCCAAAAAUCAGCUUUUCCCCAAAUGAGGACACAGCUUUUUUGUCCUCAUUCGGGGAAAUGAAGACCAGUUAAAUUUGGGGACAAGCCGUCUCCAAAUUAACUGGUGUUUAGACUGAAGUUUGUCCCCAAAGGUACCCUAUGACAGACACACACACAUGUAAAAACGCACAUAUUCCGAUAUACUUGUUGACUUGCACUUGUGUCUUUUUCACUCUGAAUUCUGUCAGUCUUACACACAUGCAGGGAAUUAUUUAGUAUUGUGCAGUCCUAACUGUGGAUAACUAAGAAUGCUAAUAAGAUUUAGAUUUGAUGGUUAACUCUAACACCAUAGUGUUGAUGAUGGUGAUUUAUGCAAUAUAUCACAGUACAGCCUUGUCACAAUACUUCUCUAUACACACAUUCAUCAUACAGUGAAGCCUUAAAAACAUUCAUUGGCUUUCAGUCCAAGGGCUUUAACACACACGGCCCACAGCGGUUGUGUAUCAGUGUUCAACACAGGCAGCACAGCAGGGCUUAAGUUAUGUGUUUCUUCCGUCCAGGCCAUACUCUGAUUUGACAGAACAUACCAGCAGUGUUAGUGGUUAUUUUUUAAAUGACAUCACCACAGAAGCACAUACAGUACCUACGCUAUAGAUGCAAUGAUAAACUGAGUUUCAGUGCUGUGUGUGGACUGUACGUUUUAGAGAAAGAGGUUAUUCUUUACCUUGGGAAAAAAAGUUUGACAAAAUAGUCUUAACUCAGGGUCCACUUACUUGUAUUUUACAGGUGAAAACUAAAGCCAGUAAAUUAACCUUGAGUUACGACUGUUUUGUGAAAUGUACUGUUGUUAUCCAUUAAAGGAACACUUCAACAUUA